CUUUAAUUGUGGUUAAAUUAUAAAAAUUAAAACCAAAACAAGUAACACUUUGUAUUAAUAUAUUUAAAAAAACAAUCCUAAAAUUAAGUUAAAAAUAUGGUUUUAAAACUAGAUGUGGCUGUACAAACGGAAUUAUCCGAAUGUUUAUGGUCUUCUAGUUCCAACUCUUCGGCUACUACUUCACGUACUUCCUCUAUACCAGAUUUAUUAGCUGCCUGGGAGGAUUUAUUAGGCUGGAGCGAAAAUGCUGCUGCCGCACGUAAAAUGCAAGAAGACAUGAUUGUCUUAAAACAUGCUCUAAAUCGUGGAACCGGCAAGCCAAAGGAGAGGGAAGCCCUAAAGAAUGAAAAAACUCAAUUACAAACGUAUCGCACUAGUAUGCUAAAACUUAAUGCUUCCGUCCAUAGUUGGCUAACAAGACAAGAGAGACGUUUACAAAACGCACUAGUUGAACAGCAACUAACUGAGGCGGCUGCCAAGGUAAGCAAUGAGCUGUUAGAGGAAAAAGACGAAUUGGAGUCCGAACCAAGCAAUAACAACACACAGCAAACUGCCACAAUACAAGAACAAAUCGUAGAUACAACAACAGGAGCUGGUACAAUAACAGAAACCACAACCAUGAUAACUGUCACUGAUAGCAAUGGCAAUCAAGUGGAAUCACAUACAACAUCAACAACAACAACAAACACUGCCACAGCAACAGCCUCAACCUGCACAAAUACAGUAGGAACAAGCACCACCACUCAAGCUCAACAUCAGCAACAACAAUUGAUGAUGAACUCUACUAGCAGUUGUAGUGGCUCUGAAAAGAAUUGGGAUUUACAAACAUUGAUAACAUCAGAAACUGAAUUCCAUAAACAUUUGAAAGAUGAAGUCAGUGAUAUGUAUACAGCCUGGGAUGAGGCUGAUGCCAGAAUCAAUACUCAACUGGAAGUUUUAACUUCUUCUUUGAUUGCCUGGCGUCAAUUGGAAUGUGGUCUUUCAGAAUUCCAAUUGGCUUUGGGUCAAGAUCGUGGCACUCUUAAAGGUUUGGAAGGGGCUUUGAAUACGGGACAAGCUACUCCCGGAGAAUUGGCUCAAAAUGUUAAACUAGUGGCUAAAUUGCUGUCGGAGAAGGUUAAUGUUAGUCAGGAACAGCUCACGGCCGUUCAAGACUACUUGGAUCCCAAUCAUAUUUUACACAUUGCCAAAUUUACCGCUUCCAAUGGUUCCCUCUCCGAUUCCGGCAUUUCAGAUGGUGGUACUACCUCUGAUGGUGGUUUAUCGGAAAGAGAACGUAGACUGGGUGUCCUAAGACGUCUGGCCAAACAAUUAGAAUCUGCCUUGGCUCCCGGUAGUGAAGCUAUGAAAUCGAUAGCAGCCCGUAUGGAAUCAGCAGAAAAUGAAUUGAAAAGUUUACAAAAUACUUGUCGUGAUUUAAUAGUGAGAACAGCAGCUUCUCAUCAAAAUAAGAAACAACAAAUGCAACAAGAGGCAACAGAUAAACAAGAGGAACAGAAGGAGAGCAGCGCUAUUAAGUCUGCUCAACAAGCUAAUGGUUCAUUAAAAAUGUCCCAAGAAACUAAUGGUAAAUUGAAACAGACGGCUCAGGCAGAAACAGCAGCAGCAAAUGGCCAUGGCGGCCAAACAAAUAAUAAACGUAACCGACGUAAAAAUAGACGUAAUUCGGGUUCUAAUAGCAAUGCUGUGGUGGCUGCAGAUAUGUCACAAAGCAAUGCCUUGAAAAUGACUUCUGCCACAGCAGCCGGUGAUGGUGGUGAUGAUCCCUCUGAUGACCCUUCAUUGGCCUAUGAUUUAGAUACCUCCGAUGAUGAACUAACACCCAAAUCUAAACGAGGCUGGGGUUGGCGUAUAGCACGUGUAGCAGUACCCAUGCAAUUGGCUCUCUUUGCCGUGUACUGUGCCGCCAAUCUUAUGCAACCCAACUGUUGUGAUAACAUAAAUAACUUCUCUAUGAGUUUUACACCACAACUACGUUAUAUAAGAGGUCCACCACCCAUCUGAAGGACUUUAUCAAGAGUCAUGAUUUUCGAAAUCAUAAAAAUGUUAGCAAAGCUUUUAAGAGCUUUAAAGCUAGUUUUUUAACAAAAAAAAUGUCUCUUAAAAAAUGAGUUAGGGUUUAGGAAAUCCCCCAUAAUUACAAGAUAACAGGGGUCCCCUUUUAGAAGUGUUAAACUCUUUUAUUAAUAAAAUGUAUAGUUUAUACUCGUUAUGUAUAAGAGUUUUAAGAGACAACGCGUUUAUAUAUUGUAUUGUAGCGUUAUGAUUUGUAUAAGAGCGAGAGCGAGAGAGAAGUUAGCAAGCAAUUUUAGCUGGAAAAUAACUCUCUAAUUGAUCACAGUUAAGCAGCAGUUUGUAAGCAGUCGUAAGGAGUUUGUAAGAAGUUUAUGUUUUUUUAUUUAAAUUUUUUAUUAAAUUAUGUUUUAUGAUUAUGAUUUAUGAAGAUAAAAAAGAAAUGUUUAAAGGGCAAUUUAAGCUUAAAAAAAAGAAGCAACCAGCAUUUACUUAUUUUAACAAGUUUGUGGAAAAUAUAAAACGCUUAAGUUGAGUUUUAAGAGAUAACAGCUAAAAGCGUUUAGAGUUUAAAGGAUUUUUUUUUUUGAUAAGGACUUGUUUAAGUAAAAUGUUAAGAAAAGUUUUGUUUUUAUAACUUUGAUUUACAAAAAAAAAGAGCUUUU